AAAAUAUGUCGGGAACUGCUUUAUUCGCAAAUAUAUGAUGCAAGUAAUGAUAAAAUAUCGGGAUAUAUCAUCGAAGGAUAUCCACGGACGGAAAAUCUGUCGUCUUGACUUGGUAAUAUUAAUAGAUUGCACAGAAGAAUUUUGUAUUGAAAAUAUUAAAAAGCAGCAGGAAGAAAGCAAUGAAAUAAAAGCAAGUAACAAUCCGAAAGCAUUGAAUAAUCGCUUGGAACGAUUCAAGAAAAGCACAUUACCAAUGCUUAAACAUUACGAUGACAUGGGAAAACUUAAAGUGGUAUGUGUUGGCAAGGUUUGCUUUCUUCAGAAAUGCAUCACUAUUACUUAUUUACUCAAAUUCAUUACUUAAAU